AUGAACCGGAGUUUCAACAAAUCUCAGACUCUGCGGUAUCUGGAGUGCAGCGCAGUGGAAGUGAAGAGUAAGUUUGGGGCAGAGUUCAGAAGGUUCUCCCUGGAUCGCUACAAGCCGGGAAAGUUUGAAGACUUCUACAAACUAAUUCUUCACAUUCAUCACAUAGCCAACCUGGAAGUGAUGAUCGGAUAUGCUGAUGUGCAUGGAGACCUUCUCCCUAUUAAUAAUGAUGACAACUUCUUCAAGGCUGUUUCAAGUGCUCAUCCACUGCUCAGGGUUUUUAUACAAAGACAAGAUGAAGUGGACUACAGUAAUUUUGGGACCAACACACUGUCGAGGAAGAAGAAGGCUCUGGUGACUCUCCGCACUGACAACCUUCGCCGGCGUCCCCACAUCAACAUUAGCAUGCCUCAUGAUUUUAGACCUGUGUCCUCCAUCAUCGACGUGGACAUCCUUCCUGAAACACACCGGAGGGUGAGGCUGUACCGGCACGGGUGUGAGAAACCCUUAGGAUUCUACAUUCGCGAUGGCACCAGCGUAAGGGUUACUCCUCAUGGACUAGAAAAAGUACCUGGCAUCUUCAUCUCUCGCAUGGUUCCUGGAGGCUUAGCAGAGAGCACAGGCUUGCUGGCUGUGAAUGAUGAAGUCCUGGAAGUUAAUGGCAUUGAAGUAGCAGGAAAGACUCUCGACCAAGUCACAGACAUGAUGAUUGCCAACAGCCAUAAUCUUAUUAUCACAGUCAAGCCAGCAAACCAGAGGAACAAUAUUAUUCGAAGCAGUAGGACAUCUGGUAGCUCUGGCCAGUCUACAGACAGCACUGCAAGUCACCAUAGCUUGCCCACAUCCCACGUGCUGCAAAACUUCCACCCUGAUGAAAUGGAGAGUGAUGAAGAGGCUGACAUUGUCAUUGAGGGCGGUCUGGAGCCACAGCACAUUCCUAAACUGCACAGCCUUACUUCCAGUAGCCUCUCCAGAAUCAAUGGUAGCAGCCUUAGCCACAGACUUCAAAGGGACCUGGUGCUCAACAACAACUCUGGCCGAGAAAGCAAUGGCAACAUCCACAAAUUACUCAGUUCCUUAAAAACUGAUCCCCGACACAGUCUGGUUAUCCCCAGAGGUGGUAUUGAGGAGGAUGGUACAGUCAUUACACUUUAG